CAAUAUCCGGCCUAGUAUAAAUAGGUACCUAAGGCUUUGCAAAUUUCAUCACACUCGAAAUUCAAAAGCUUCUCUCUAGCAAAAAUUCAAUAUUAUCACACUCAAAGGCUUAAAACAUCUCCCUAGUUUUCUCUCCUUUGAAAAAGCUUUCAUCACAAAGAUGGCUAUUCGAUUCCCUUCUGUUGUCUCCAGUGUAAAGCAAAUUCGUGCCAAAAAUCAACAAGCAGCAGUACCAAAAGGGUGUGUACCAGUUUAUGUAGGUGAUCAUGCUGAUAAGAAACGAUAUGUGGUGCCACUUUCUUACUUGAGCCACCCUGCAUUUCAAGACUUGUUACAACGCGCUGAAGAAGAGUUCGGGUUUAAUCAUCCUAUGGGCGGUCUCACAAUCCCUUGUUCUGAAGAAACAUUCAUGGAACUAACUUCUGAACUGAAGUGCUAACCAGACGAAACGAAGAAUAGUCAAAGAUGUUUUACUUACUGUUCUUAUUUUUUGAGGGAGUUUUUCACAUACAUAUGUAUUCUCCCCGGCCAAAUUAACAUUGUACAGAUAUACAAUUUUCCCCAUCUGCAUUAUUCAGAUGAGUGGUUCACAAUAUUUUUUUCUAAUGGACUCAAUUUCCUAUGAAAAUUGCCUCAA